AUGAAGGUGCAAUUUUACCUAGGAGGGCUGAAGGCUCUCCUGCAGCUCAGGCUUCGUUACCUGAUGUGGGACUGGAGUGCUGCUCUGGCAGUCGGGGUUCAUGGACCAUUGACAUUUAUGAAUGUGGCCAUAGAAUUCUCUCUGGAGGAGUGGCAAUGCCUGGACACUGCACAGCAGAAUUUAUAUAGGAACAUAAUGUUAGAGAACUACAGAAACCUGGUCUUCCUGGGUAUUGCUGUCUCUAAGCCAGACCUGAUCACCUGUCUGGAGAAAGGCAAAGAGCCCUGGAAUAUGGAGAGACAUGAGAUGGUGGCCAAACCCCCAGUUAUCUUUCUAGUUUUCAAUGAGAGCCAAAGUCCCCUUUUUGGCAUAUACAAGACUACAAAAUCUGCUUUUUUAAUGUUUUGGUGGACACAUAAAUAUCUGUGA